AGGUCGGGACAAGAGAAAGGGUCACAUGAUCUCCGCUGGCGAUGCAGAGUUUCCGCGGGAUUACCACACCCUGGGUGGCGGGGGAACUGCCCGUCGCUUCCCCCGAAAGCAACAACGGAGGGCUGGCUUCAUCCCUGGACCGCCGGCACACUUCCAUCGCCACCAAAAGCCUGGAGGCCCUCACAAACAUUCACAAGGCCGACAUAGAGCGCCAACGAGACGCCUUCAUGGAUCUCCAGAAAAACAAAUACCCCAACAGCCCCAGCAACAUGUCCCAGGGGUCGGCACCUUGUGGCCGCCAACAGCAACAGCCAAACUACUGGAGCUUCAAGGCCCGAACCCCUCGCGUGACCCGACCCAACCCCACACAGCUGGCUCUAGCCGACCAGGCCAGCAGGGUAUCCUUCGCCUCCGCAGAGAGUCUGGAGACCAUGUCGGAGGCAGACAUCCCCCUCGGGUUCAACAGGAUGAACCGCCUUCGCCAGAGCCUGCCUCUGGCUCGCUCCUCCAGCCAGGCCAAGCUCCGGGCGCCAGGCAUCUUGUUCCUCCAGUUGGGAGAGGAGACCAGGAGGGUGCACCUGACCCACGAGCUGACGAGCCUGGAGACCCUGAGGGCUCUCAUCGUUCACAUGUUCCCCCAGAGGCUCACCAUGGCUAUGCUCAGGUGCCCCAGCACAGCACUGCUCAUCAAAGAUGAGACACGCAACGUCUUCUAUGAGUUGGAGGACCCACGAGACGUCCAGGAUCGCUGUGUCAUCAAGAUCUACUGCAAGGAGCCCACUUAUGGCACUUAUCCUGGGCACCACAACCCACAUAUGGCUAAUGGGGACCUCCGGAGGGAAAUGGUGUAUGCACCCCAGGACUCCCCACCCAACCGUCGUCUCAGCAACCCCCCCUCCUCCUCAGCCUCGCCCCCCUCCGGAUCCCCGUCCCGUGUCCGCCUCCUCUACAGCGGUGGCCGACCCUCCUCCUACGCCGGCCCCCCUCACCCUCAGGGCCAACCCCACACCCACUCCCUCCCUCACCCGCACCACCACUCCUCCCCCGGGGGCCACGGAGGGCCACACCAUCACCCCCAGCACCCCCAACACCCCCAACACCCCCACCAUCCCCAGCACCCCCAGCACCACCAACAACACCACACCCAGGGCGGUUUCUGCCCCUCCCCCAGCGCAAUCCUGGAACGUCGGGAUGUGAAACCGGACGAGGAGGUGGGCGGAUCCCGCAGUGUGGUGCUCCUGAGGGGUGACGGUGGGGUCGGGGGAGGGAUCUACGCCGACCCCUACACCCUGAGCCAGGACGGGGGGCGCCUGAGCCUCGCCGGACCCCACUCCCCCCUCCCCUCCAGGGUGGACCCCUACGGCUCUCUGUACCGCCGCGGGGGAGGAGGCGGGGGUGGAGGCCCGGGUCCCGGAUCAGUGCGUUCCCUCACGUCCUACUCUGCAGCAGCCCUACAAGGCGAGUUGAUGGAAAGCGGCGCCCUCUACAGGCCCGGAGGACCUUUGUAUAACGACACCUACGCAGCCUCUAUGCUCGCCAUGGGGUUCCGGGUGCCACCCUCUUCGAGCCCGCAGAAGAUCCCCGACAUGAGGGACUCAUAUUCGGGCACCAUGCCUGGCCGAGGAUCCCCUGGAAGGCAGACCCUGCGGAGGGACUCGGUGACGUCCUCCGUGUUUGGGGAGAGUCCCAAGUCCAGGGGCCAGGGGCCCGGCCUGGGUUUGGGGCCUGAUCAGCUGUGUCUGAUGGCUGGGCUGGGAGGGGAGGGAGGGGGCGGAGCUCCAGGCUUCAGCUCACCUCUACCAGGCAACGAGACAGAGACCAGGGAGCGCAUGGAAGCGAUGGAGAAGCAGAUAGCCAGUCUGACUGGUCUACUGCAGAGCGUACUGAGCAGGGGACCAGAUGCAGACAGCCCUGAGAAGAUUGAGACUGCCAGUGACUGUUCUGGGACAGACCCUGGACGGUUAAAAAAAGAGAAAGCUCUCACCCCAUUGGCUCCCCUGGCCCUGAUGCCACCUCCGCCCACGGGGGCCUCACAGCCAAUCACAGUGUCACGGCUUCAGAUGCAGGUCCACCUGCAAGGCCUGCAGCACAACACCAACGCACUGCGUAAACAACUGUCCCAGCUGCGCAACAUACAGCUGGAGAACCAGGACUCGGUUCAGUCCCUGCUGAGGCAGACUGAGUCCGAGCUGAGCCUGAUGAUGCUGGACGCCAUGCGCACCCAGGAGGAUCCGCUCCAGAGACAGCGCCUCCUGGUGGAGGAGGAGAGGCUCAAGUACCUCAACCAGGAAGAGUUGCUCAUCCAGCAGCUACAUGAUCUGGAGAAGUCUGUGGAGGAACUCCAGAGGAACUCGUCGGUGAACCACGGACUGGUGACUGAACAAGAGGUGGAACAGAAGAGCAAAGAGCUGAGGACUCUGGGGGAAACCCUCACAGCUCUCAAGAACCAAUUCCCCAGUCUGCAGAGCAAGAUGCGGGUGGUGCUUAGGGUGGAAGUUGAAGCAGUCAAGUUCUUGAAGGAGGAACCACACCGACUUGAUGCCCUGCUGAAGCGUUGUAACACCAUGACUGACACGCUGACCACCUUACGCAGUGUAUUAUAUCCCCCCUGUAUGUACAGACAAGUUACCGAGGGCAUGUGGAAGGGCCCAGAGGAUGUAUCCAGCCAAUCAGCCAAGCGUGCCGAGGACAUGGGGCGGGGCUCAGACCUGGACAUGCUGUCCAGCCCGCCUCUCAGCCUCAACGACCUCGGGGGCAGUGCCAGCCUGGCCAACUGGAUGCCCAUGUCAGGCAGUGAUCCGGACGCGCUGGGUCCUGAGCAGGACUCCCAGCCAGCGACCACCUACAGGUCCAGAGCUCUGGACGAGCUGCCCAGUCGCCGUGCUGACAAAUCAGUGUCCGCGGAGGUCCGACUGGCUGCAGAACGAGACUGGGAGGAGAAGAGGGCCAGUCUGACCCAAUUCAGCGCCCAGGACAUCAACCGACUCCUGGAGGAGACCCAGGCCGAACUAAUGAAGGCCAUCCCAGACCUGGACUUUGCUGCCCGGCAGAUCAACAAGCCUGUAGUGCCCCCCAAGCCCCAGAUGACCCCUAUUACCUCUACAUCCAUGACCACUGCUGCCACUACUGCUAUUGCCUCUACCACUACUACAAGCUCGUCCUCAACUACCACCGGUGUAGACCAGCAGCAGAGUAAGGUUCAGAUGACUGCCCAAAAGUUGGAAGGUGGUUCACGUCGUGGUUCAGCGGAGCUGACAGUGACCAGGUAUCGCACAGAGAAGCCUUCAAAGUCCCCGCCUCCCCCACCACCUCGCCGUAGUUUCCCAUCAGCCCACGGGAUCACCACAAACCGCACCGGGGAGGUUAUUGUCACCACCAAGAGUUUAAUGAAGCCAGAGUCAGAGGAUGGCGAGGUCCCCAAGACCCUGGUGAAGCUCAGGCGGACACCAUGUGACGCCCCUCGCCCUGCCUCCACGCCCCCUGUAAUCGCCGCUUCAGCGAUCAAAGAUGAAGAUGACGAGGAGAAGAUCAUAGCUGAACUAGAGACUGUCAGCAACUCUCCAGGACCAACCAAGGGACCUCAGCCUACUGUAGCAGCCCGACUCAAGCACCUCCAACAGGGCAGUCUGGAGAGGCCCAAGACCAGGAAGCAGAAAGAGGACUUUCCUAAGAUCCAGGGCCAGCAACAGGUAUUCCAUUUCUGAGAAAAGCCCUUCUUAGAGUUACAGUCCUUCAUUGUGUGCCAUCCAUGACUGCCCCACCCAGGAUAUACCAACUGGGCUCAUUCAAGACAGCUUGGAGGAAAGAUACCACUCCAAAGGACAAUUUCAGGAGUUUUGAUGUGAUGCAGUUUUUUUGUUUUGACUGGUAGUAACAACCCAAAUGGCAGAUAUAGAUGUGCUUGGCAUGCCUAAAUAGUUGGCAUUACUCAGUUUGUCUGUGAAAAGUAAUUUUGUGAUUAUUCCAUGGUUCCUAAUGUGAACGAUGCCUUAGAGAGGCUAAUACAGCUACAUAAUCUUUCUUCAAACCAUUCUUAUCGAUAAUGCCACGGAACCAUUUGUACAACUCAAUGUCAAUACCUUGAUCUUCCAUCUAUCAAAUCCUACAUCCACUUUCUCCAAAUCAUUGGCUGUUCCCAGUGCCUCAAACUAAUGUUUUCAUUUUUCAGCAUUGUCCUGUUGUUCUAGGAUAUUGUUGUGGCCCAAUAGCCAAAGUCUUGGCCUAUUGUGUAAAAAAAAAAGGUGAUAAUCUUGGUCCAGUAGUAUAGAUACUACAGUAUAUAAUACUCUAUGUUACUUAACAGCUGAGAAUGAAGCACAGUUCAAAAGCUAAAGGGUCGUUAGCCCUCAAAUGGUGUAGUGCGGUGUUCAAAGUGUAGUGAAGUGCCCACUUGAAUUCUCAGCACAAUGUUUUUCAGCCGUAUAUUCACAGUGCUUGAAAUGCAGACACAUUAAAGAGAAGAAUGAGAGGCAAAGAAAAUGGAAGGAAUUUUAAAAAAGACUAAUAAUUAAUUAAUACAUUACGGACAAUGUAAUAUGAUCAAAAAUGACAUAAAGGAUCAAUUUCCUAGUGCAGCACACCUCUGGUUAGUCACAACCAGCCAGUCUCCCUCUGAGAUGAAAACCUACAAAAACCGUAGUCUUAUCUGGUCCUGCAGACACUCCAACUCAACCCCAAUAUUUUGAGCAGCCUUAACAUACCUUACAGUAGCCCUCAACUGAAAAAAAAGGCUUUUAAUAUAGCGAGCUCAAGAUAAAACAGCUAGCCAUCUACCUCCUGGCUAGCACCUGAGCCUGCCACAAUCCUGUAAUUGGCUUCAUGGCACUAAUCCAUACCCUAUGAUUUAACUAAUAGAUUUCUUUCAGGUAGUUAUAAGGGUCACCUACCUUGUGUAGGGGUCUGUAGGGUUGUGAUUAUGACAUUCUGAUUGAUCGUUGGUCAGAUAUGAGUUUCAGUCAUCUGUUUCAAAGUAGCACAUUUGUAUUAAGUAUUUCUAAGUGAAGACGACCUCCCCAAAAGGACAGACCCCCCCCCAAAACGCUGCCCAUUAGCAAUUGCAAAUGCUAGCAUAUUGCUAUCAUGCUGACCUUGACAUUGUUGCACCAUCUGGGCAGCUUACAGUCACAAGAAAUACAACCCAUGCAAUAGUAUGGUAUUCAUGACUAUUUGCUCUGCAGUGAAAACAACUAUGUGAAAUGCUUCCUCCUGUUAUUGUUUUCCACACUUUUAUUGAUUGAGUUUGAAUUAAAUGAGGCAGCUUAUUUGGGAAGUUAUACAUUGCAUUAGUUUUGUGCAAAAAAGGUACUCCUAUUUACUAAGAGUAUAAUCAUGGUGCUUUAGAUGUCUUCUAUCGAAUGUUCAUCAAUCCACUUGCAACCAUGUAUAGUGUUUGUUGUGUAAAGAAGUACAUAAGUAAUUUGUUCUGUCCAAUAGUAAACUGUAUGUGACCAAGCAAACAAAAUACAUGUUGCAUUUAUAAGGUUUACUGUAUGCAAAUCAUAAAGGCAUAAUAUUGGAAUUCAUUGGAUGUACUACAGUAGAUGCUUGUACAUGACAUAUCAAUUAUAUUGUGGGUACAAUAAGGAUCUGACAUUCUUAAAUUGUAGUUAUGGGAGCAUGAUUUGACAACAGAAAAAAAGAAGGUGCUUUUAAACCAAUAACCUUUCAUAAAGAGCCCAAGGCCACCACCACUUAUCUGACUGUAAUUUCUUUUUAUUUCUUUGUGUUUGUGUUGUUUGUGAGGAGUAGGAAGGGGAAACCUCCUCAACAGAAAUGUUGUCCAUGUCAUGAUCAAAAGAUGUGCAUAAUACAUGACUGCCUCAGGCGUAUAUAUGGAGAAGGAUUACCCAAUUACAGUUGGCAGAAAAAUAGAUACAAGUGUGCCAUAAAAUAGCUUAGCCCACUACCACUACAUGGACAACAAUUGAAGUCCAAAACUGCCUACUGUUGUAAAUACAAUGACCAGGUGACAUUAUCUUUAUCUCUAAAACACAGACGAAAAUAUAAUUUUUUGGUUCAAAAUGUUGUGAUGUAACAGUUUAUUUGACAAGCAUUACAGGGACUACGGAUAAAUAAGCUGGAACUGCAUACUAUGGCUUGGGAGCAUUGGUGCACCUUUCUCUUCCGUUACUUGACAACCACAUUUGCAAUUGGACUCUGAGAGCUGCAGAUGUAGCAAUGGCCCCAGAGCCAUGAAGGAGGAUCGUGACACAAUACCUUUUUCCCUCCCUUCACAUGUAGCUCAUCCUAGCUCAUUUUCACACCAAAGUAAAAAAAAAAAACUACAUUAUGUAAAUAAUUUCCAGUAGCCUACAUAAUUUCCAUGCAUACAGAAGAAUACAUUGUUGCUCCCACUUGCUGUCCACUUUCAACUUGCCUUGUUAAUGUCAAGGUCAAGAGAGGUAGAGAAUGGAGGGUUGAUAUAGUAUUUUACUUUAAAACUGAGAUCACAGAAACCUGAACCUAAUCACAAUAAUCCUUUUCAGCUGUAUACGUUUUGCGUAAAAUUAGCUAAUUGCAUAGAGGAUUUGAAUGUACCUUUGUAAGGUUACUGUACCUACAUUGUUGUAUUUAGUUUCCUUCAAUUGGAAUGUGUGCGUUGGCUAGGUUUUCUCUUGCUACCUGCCCAUGUAACUUGAGCAUAGUUAUUUAGUUCAGUAGUUUUAACAUUUGGCCGGUAACCCUGUAGUCAUCAUGUAGCCUUGCCUCCUGUACUCUGCCUGUGGUGCUACAAUACCUUCAGUAACAUGACUUCUAUUUUGACCUACGUUAUAGGUACAAUAUCUUUAUCUGUGAGUUACUGUACCUUCAUAACCCAUUGUUUCCAAAGCUUGCGGGAAUCUUCACAAGUCUCCAUACACCAGUCUAUCUCACUCUGAGCAAGCAGGCCUCCCAAGGACACAUUCCAGCCCCAUUUGUCAUGACUAGAACCAAACACACCAGAGCCGACAUUGAUCUAAAUCGACAUCAGUGCAACAACUCACUAGCACCCUUAAAAGAAUGCCUCUACUCUUCCCCGAAUCUCAUUGUUCGUACUCGUCUCCCAGCUCAAAUAGGAGUUUCACAUUGUUCGUCUUAUGGGAACCUCGUCUGUUUGGCCCUGUAAACCUUUUGCCUCAUUGAACUGUUGGAUGGGUAAACCACCAUGGCAGCAGUGUGCGUGGGGCCCAUACUCAUCUAAUCUGAGGCCAAAUCUCUUGUUCGCUAAAGGGCAAGCAAUUCAUUAGCAUUGGCGUCGGAUCAAGCUUGAAGAAUGUCCAAAUAAGUCAGUGAGACAGGCUUUUCUCCUUACUUUUUUUGUUUCCUUCUCUUGGUGGGAGUCCCCCUUGAGUUUGAGGUUCAAACAAGUACAUUAACUCUUGGAUGUAAAUUGUCUUGACAAACAAAUAGUUUUAACUGGUUCAUGCAAAGAUGAAUCAUAAAUUCUCAUUAUAAGAGGGAGUUUAGUUUAGGAUCCAAAACGGUUACUGAAUAAUACGUUUGAAAUCUAAACAACAAAUUCAGGUUUGUUAUUCCCUCCAGGAAUUCAUUUGUAUGAAAUAAAAAGAUCAUCUUACUCUCCAAAGCUUACUUCACCACCACACCCUUUCCUCUCUAUCCCCUCUUCCUCAGAGACAGAGAGAGAGACAGAGAGAGAAUGAGAGAGAUAAAGAAAGAAAGAGAGAGGAAGGGAGAACGAGAAGCUGAAUCAGGACAGAUUGCUUGUCCCAGAGCCCUGACAGCAUCUCGCUACUGAUCACAGCAAUAUUUCCCCAGCUCUGCCUACGCUCAGCUUUGCGACAGCCACACGCUCUCUCUGAUCUCCCAGUGAGCCUGACGACUGUCACGCCGAUGCACCAAACACAGCAUCCCCGGUGGCCAAUAUAGGUAAAUGCAGUCAAGGCGCAACAGACACAUAGUGCCCCCUGUGGCUCCUGAGAAUCAUUUCAAAGACGUGUCAAUUGCUUCCAGCAACAGGAAAGAUCAGAUCAGAGAGGAUGGUUGAAAGUUUAGUUAAGGUAUUUGAUGAGUAACCAGUGUGCUUGCUGAAAUCCUGAAAACUGUGUGUUGUGCAUACAUUCCCUCUGCACACUUCUGUUGACUAUUAACUCUGUUCCAACUAUUAUCCUACUAUUAUCAUUUUGAGUAGGAUGGCAUACUUGUGUGUUCAAAAUUUAAGCUUGGAUCAUGAUAGGCACAACAUGACAACAUGAUCCACAACAUAAGAUAAUUCAUGAUCUAAACUUCCACCUUGAAACGAUUUGUAUUUUUCAUGCAACAGGAGCUCAAAGAACAAAUAAAAAUGUUAAACAAGAAUUUGAUUAAACAUUGAUACACAAAGGUGCAUUUUUCGUUUUCCCGUUAAAGUUGUCAGAUUGGUAUGCUAAAGUUAUUCAUUCAUAUAAUCUAAGUUUAGACUUUAACCCCACAACUGGAUGCACUUCAGCAUUAUCUUUAGAAAAUCUACCUUUUCCUUCAAAAAGAAUUAGAAAAGCAACAUUUUGCCUUUCUAUCACGCAUCACUUCCCUUUUGCUAUUGUCUUAGCCCCUUAGCAGAACUAAGCUGUGAAUACAUCACUUCCUCUGCAAUUAACCUUUCUCCUGGCUAAUUCACAAUCUAACUGACACUUGCCAAUUGGAGCGUUCCUCACAACCAUUUCCCCUGCUCUCUUGGGCUAUGAUUUAAUCUUCGAGGCGUUGGUGUUCUCUCUCUGUUUCCACUAUAUUUACUGCAGGUCUCUCUCAGACCAAAAAUACCCCAAAUUCCAACAACGAUGUUUCUGCAUUUUUAAGACUUAAGAUACAAUUAUUCUAAGGAUGGAAUAGUUCCAAUGAUCUUACCAAGGAUCUGUAGACAAUCAUGGUGUGGUGACUGCCAGAUGUUACCCAAAUGAGUGAAAAGGACCAGAUUUUAAGGAUUAUUUUAUUCAGUGACAACCCUUUAAAAGGGUCAAAACACACAGGGAAAAGCUGAAUGCUGCAUUUUCAGUGUCAUCCUUGGGAAAAACAAGGGACUGAAAGGAAUAGAGAUGUCCAAUAAUCAUGUUGGCUAUUUGUCCUAAAAUACAGCCUUGUACAUGGAUAUAAUACAACAAAUGAAUACUGUAUAAGUAGUUGAUUUAGGGAACAAGAUUGAAACCACAGAAUCACUUAUGAUACCAAGGCGGCUUUAUACAUUGUCAUAAUUAUAAGUAAAAGUCUUUGUUUUGUGUAUUAUUGUGAACUAAAUAGGACAAUAUUUGCUCACUGACCCCAGCCAUUAUUACAUCAAGCCCACAGUAUUUGUCAUAGCCAAGUAAGAACAUCAAUAUAGAUGUUAAUAUUGGAGCUGAUUUUCUGUUAGGCCUAACACAAAAUGUACUACUUACUAUGUUACAAAAUAGAAGACAGAUUAUCCAACUGAAGGUGACAUGCUCUUUGGCACCUUGCUGGAGUGAAGUAUCAAGAUACUGCCAAGGAAACUCAUGCUGCAAGCAUGACUUUGUACCGCGGGCACAAAAUAACCUAUAUGAAAUAGUAAGCUACAGUAUAUGACACUAAAUAAUGUACAUUUAUUAAAUGUAUUAUCAUUUAGACUUGAAAAUAGAAACAAGCAUCACAAAACAGGAAAAGCUGUAGAAUAGAGAUCCUUUCAGAGGUGUAUUGUAAGACAUAUAAUAAUAACAACUCUGUAACUAUAAUUAUUGUUUAUGUGUAAAAAAUAAAAUAAAUCUUCAUCUAUGUUUUGUAUAAUCAAGCCCUUUUGUAUUUUUAUACUUGGAAAAGAGGAUUCACACUUACAUAUCAUACAUUAUACUGUAAAUUAAGAUAUUAUUUUGUUUAUUCAUAAUGUACAUUUUUUAUUUCUUCACAUUGUGUUAAAUAAUUUAAAAAGCAAAACAUUUUGCUGCAGAAAACUACAAUUAUUUGGGUAAAAACAACAACAUAGUGAAGCAUGCUAUGAAAAGUAACUCCUAACAGCUCCUAAAGGUAAAUUACUUAUGGAAUACUUAUAGUAGCAGCACAUUAAAUGGACAAAAAGCACAGAUGAGAAGGAACGAGACUCAGAGCUCAUAUCCUCAUUCCUCUUGACAAGUAUGUACUCACUGUUAAGACUAACCAUACUGUAGCUGUCUUCCUCUAUUGUAAUCAAAAGUGCACCUUGUAAUAUGUACAAUAUAAAGUAUACACUCAAUUGGUGGUUUGUUGAUGAAUGUGUGGUUGUUCAAAGUUGUCUGUGGAUGUUGUAUCUGAUGUAAAUAAUUACCUAAAUAGAUUUUUAUGUGAAUUUUGUAGGAAAAAAAAAUCUAAACGGCAUGUACUUACAUUCCCGGAAUUUGCACGCUGGGUCUAUAAGUCAAACUUUUGUUCUUUUUGUUAAAGACUCUGUGUAUACUUGUGAGUGUACAGUAUUAUAGAUUAAACAUUGUACAGAGCAUUAGAUUUUGUAUAAUGUGAAAAAGUCAGUUAAGGCCCAUUUUACUGUCACAUUCAUGCAAAGAAAAAUAAAGAUUAAUGAAACAAUUGCAAAAGAUAUGAAACAUUGUUAAUAUACUGUUGUGAGGCGUGAGAGUGAUGCUUGCUGUGUGAGAUGUGUUGUUUGAUGAAUAUUCAAGAAGAAUGAUAUCAUAGUAUGAGAAUACAGAACAAGUAUACUAGACCAUCUACUGAAUCAGUGCUAAUGCCAUGCAAAUUUAAGAAUUGAAAGAUUGUUGCUGCUUUUGUGAGAAAAUCUAUGGUACAAAGACUGCUGCUUUUGUACAUUUCUGUUGUGUUUUUUUGUGGGAAUAAAAGUGUCUUAUAAAAGACA